CCCCAGGUUCGCCAGCCGCCCACCCGAACCACAUCGUCCCUCUCCGCCAUGACCUCGACCCUCCUCUUUGGCAGCGUCGCGGCCCUCGACCAACUCCCAGCCACCGUCGUGAUCGGCGAGAAGACCACCGUCGAGAGCCAUGCCGAGGCCCUGCCCCACCUCAGCUCGCUCAAGCAGGAUGUCGUCCACGAGCUGCUCUCGGCCAUCUUUGACGGCACCACCGAGUCGCUUGCCCACCACUACAAGCUUCCCAGUGGCUCCCGCACCUCGCUCUUUGUCUCGACGUUCGGCUCGGAGCUCUCUCGCAACAACGCCCCCAUCCGAGGCGAUCUGGUCACCUCGACCCUCCAGAAGACCGUGCCCAAGUCUGGCGAUGUUCGCAUCAUCGUCUUGCUCAAGUCGGCCAACCAGGCCGUCACGGCGGCUGUCGGCGUCUCGAGAGCCUUCCCGCUCUAUACCCGCAAGACCGCCAAGUCUUCGGACCGCAAGAUCCACGUUGAACUGAGAACCGUCGACGGAUCCUCGGUUGACAACGCUCGCAUCCAAAUCAUCUCCAACGGUGUUCGCUUCGCUUCCCGUUUGGUCGACACCACUCCCUUUGAGCUCAACACAGACACUUAUCUGGAAGAGGUCAAGGCCGUCCAUGCUCGCUUGGCCAGCCAUGGUGUCGAGCUGACCAUCAUUCGCGACCGAGAGCUGGAACAGGGCGGAUUUGGUGGCCUCUGGGGCGUCGGAAAGGGCGCCGAUCAUCCCCCUGCCCUUGCCAUCCUCAGCUACAAGCCCGCCGAUGCCAAGCUUACUAUGGCCUGGGUCGGAAAGGGCAUCAUUUACGAUACCGGCGGCCUGACCAUCAAGGGCAAGGACGGUAUGCCUGGGAUGAAAACCGAUAUGGGCGGCUCUGCUGCUGUCCUGGCUGGUUUUGAGGCUGCCAUCCUCUCGGGCUGCAAGCACAACCUGUAUGGACUCCUGUGUCUGGCCGAGAAUGCCGUGGACUCGCGAUCCUUCAAGAACGACGACAUCCUGACCAUCUACUCUGGCAAGACCGUGGAGAUCAACAACACUGAUGCUGAGGGUCGUCUCGUUCUCGGUGACGGCGUUGCCUAUGCCACCAAGCAUCUGAACCCCGACAUUGUCAUCGACAUUGCCACUCUGACCGGUGCUCAGUUCAUUACCACGGGCAAGGCUCACUGCGGCGUUCUCUCCAACAACGAGGAGCUCGAGCGUACUAUUAUCGCCGCUGGCAAGAGAUCUGGCGAUUUGGGCUUUCCUAUCCUGUAUGCCCCGGAGCUCUUGUCGGUCGCCAAGAUGUACCCCAGUGAGGUUGCCGAUAUGAAGAACUCGGUCAAGGACCGCAUGAAUGCCCAGUGCAGUGCCGCUGGUCACUUUGUCGAGCAGCACCUGGUGGGUGACCACUGGAAGGAAGGUGCUCGCGGACGGUGGGCUCACAUCGACAUUGCUGCUCCGUCUGUCAGCAACGAGCGCGGAACUGGCUUUGGUGUCUCGCUCUUUGUCGAGCUGGCUCACACCCUCUGAUUGCAUUUGUCGGCACGCGCCGCCAAUACAGACAACUGUGCAGUAGUAGCCCGCUGGGCUCGGAGGGUUGGGGGCGUACGAAGAGCGGGUGUAUCCUCUUGCUCUUUGCCAAAGUGGCAAUCGAGAUGGCAAGA